CUCAGACGCAUGCCAUAGAGAGAUGAGAUUUUUCCUCUGCCUUCAUCUCACCACUCUCCAAUCUUCCAUUCUCCCCUCUUUUCUCCAAUUGCACUGCACCGAAUUUCUCGACCUUCACUUCGGAAGGAAUCUCUAUGGUCUGAGUUGGAUCAGUUUCUCCGGGAUGAGGAUGAUGUAAAUACUGUAUCUACUCCUUAUAAGGCUGCUAUUCCUGAAUAUCCAGUGGUUAUUCAUGAUUCCACCGUCACAUCUUGCAAUGAUAAUCACUUAAAUGUGGCAAAUGGGUUAAUAUUGCCGCUCAAAGAGAACUUCACAAACCUGAGUUUGAUCGUUCUUGCAUACAUUUGGAGUUUGACAUAUCCGGGACUGGCAUAAUGGUUGUGGGAUUUGAGUUUGUGCAAAAGUAUGUUGGUGAGGGUCCACGAAUGAAACAACUCUUUGUUGAGAUCUAAUGCUACUCUUUUCUCUGAUGGCCAUCAUCACCAAUCACAAAUGUUGAACUUCUCUUCUCCAAAGUCAGAGUCUUUGUUGGUAGAUAAGGCUUCCUCAAAUGCCACAUUGCCUUUUUCUCAAUCUAUCAAUCCUUUUAUUUUUAAUUAUGAAAUUUUGCUAUAUAGUUUAUUAAUUUUAUGUGUUUUAUUUUUUUCUUCCAAUAAAAAAUUCUCGGUAAUGUUCUGUUUCAUUUCAGUUAACUUUUUUUUAAAAAAAAAUUGGGUAAAAGAUGAUGUUGUCAAGAAUGGAGGUUGGGAAGAAGGGUGGUGAAGUGAAUGUAGAUGAAAUUAGUAAAAUUAUUUGUGAAGGCAUUGAGCAAUAUAAUGUUCUGUUUUGUAUUACUUCUAAAUUUACCAAAAACGAGGGGGAUGGGACUUUGUACACAAGGUCAUAAGUUGGUGGCUUCCCAUGGAAAUAGACUACUUGACCUAUACGUUGGAACUUGGAACAGAUGAGACAGAUCAAUAGUUUAUAUGAUAAGGGCAUUUUUGUUGUCUCUUUUCUAUAUUUUGCAAUCUGUAUACAUUAUGUUUUAUGCUACUUAUAUAUUCUUAUUUCCAUUGGUCUCACUGCAAAAGGAUGUUGAUUUUGAAUCUCCGGAAGCUAAAAAACAAGUUCGUGGUUCUACAUCUACAAAAAGAUCUCAUGCCGCAGAAGUCCAUAAUCUCUCCGAGAGGAGGCGUCGAGAUAGAAUUAAUGAGAAGAUGAAAGCUUUGCAAGAACUUAUACCUCGGUGCAACAAGUCUGGCAAAGCUUCAAUGCUGGAUGAACCAAUUGAGUACUUGAAGUCACUGCAAUUACAAGUGCAGAUGAUGUCCAUGGGAUGUGGCAUCAUACCUAUGAUAUUUCCUGGAAUCCAGCAGUAUAUGCCACCAAUGGGAAUGGCGAUUGGGAUGGGUAUGGGCAUGGGCAUGGAAAUGCGAACAUACACUUAACUAUUUCUUUGGCAGUUUCAAUUUAAUAUUCUAAUGAAAAUAAUUUUAGCAAAAGAAUCACUGAUAAAUAUUCAUUUUUGUCUACUGUGUAUGAAGCAUUGAUACUUCAAUUUGUUUCAUGGAUUCAUAUUGGACACAUAUUUGACAAAUGGUGUAUAUUGAAAAAUAGUAUAAUGUUAAUUGUACGGUUGAUGCUUC